GACAUGCACGCAAAAUGGGGGCUGUACACACAUGCACAUGUGGCUCACUAUGACCGUACUGAGUCCGUCGGUGGAGUUCUUCCCGCGACAAAACGCACAGCCAUCGAUAGAUCUACGCCUAUGUGUCACGGUCCGAGAGCUCAGCGACUGGACAACCCACUCGUGAGCACUCAGCUCGCUCCGCACCAGGGAAUAGUGCAAUACCUAAUACUACUAGUACUACUCCCUGCUAUGCACCAUCCAUCCGUGGCCAGAAUUCUACCACUCUAUAAUCUUACCUUUCCUUCCACUCCAAGUAAAGAAGUGCAUCUGCCUCCAAUGCGGGGUGCAGCAGCAGGUAGAUCUAGAGUUUACGAACGCGCGAUGGCGCCUGAGUCCCAAGUGUAUAUUUUAGGUAUUUCGUCUAUGUUCCUGUCUCCUGGCCUGGCAGCUUACCAGAGCUGAGCUGCGCUGAGGAUCUCAACUGCUCCACUACACUCAUUCCUCGUCCCAGUCUGAACUGAUCUCUGGUGAAGUGAGGCGUGGGGCUGGCACAGGGUUUCAAACCCUUGGCUCUUGAGAAUCGGUGUGAUCGAGGCCCGCCAACCGUGGUUUUUACGCCCAGCGCCUCGCCGGAAAACCCACCCCUGCAUAUCUACCGCUACAUAUGAGUUGGGUGUGAAUUACAAAUAAACGUGCAAAUACAUGUAGAUCUACACAGGGUGUUAGCGCGACACAACUGUGCAAAGGAGAUGGCCAGCCAUCUAGCGACGGGCAACGCGACGAGAGUGGUGAAAGAAGAGCAAAUGGAUACUUGUGAGCAUCCAGCACUAGCAGCAGCACAGCCUUUGUGUAACAGAGUUCCACGCCAGCACCAGCAAAGCGGAAUGGUGGAUAGCCAACCUGGGCCAUUCUCAUUAGCAUUAGCACCAGAGCCACCGCCGCCAUCUGCGUCUGACCCUGCAGUCCAGGACAACAGUCGAGGUCGGUCCAGUUCGUGGCCUAUGCAUCCAAAUGCGCUCAUGGAGGCCGGAGGAACAGCAGCUAGUUUUGCUAUGAAUCCUCAACAGCAACUCCAACAACCGUCCGUUGUCUCAGACACGACAUUAGCAUUGGCAACCACCCAUGGUGCUGGCGUUUCGUCGAUGUCCCCCUCCACACCUGCAACUCCAGUAGCAAGCCAGCAGCCAGCCGGAGGAGGCAAGGAGAAAAAGUCGCCACGCAGAAACGCCUGGGGCCCCGAUUCAUAUUCGGAUCUAAUCUCAAAAGCUAUUCUUUCGACGAAAGACAAGCGCAUGACCCUGAAUCAGAUUUACGAGUGGAUGGUGGCGAAUGUUCCCUAUUUCAGAGACAAAGGAGAAACGAAUUCUGCAGCCGGUUGGAAGAACUCUGUCCGUCACAAUUUGUCACUUCACCCUCGCUUCAUCAAGGUCCAGAACGAGCAGACAGGCAAAAGCAACUGGUGGAUGAUUAACCCUGAUGCUAAGCGCAGUAACAGACGUCGUGCUUUCUCAAUGCCAACUGAUGUGUCUGCGUCAUCGCCCAUUCGAUCCAGGCGUCAGCAAGCAGCUGCAAAGACGAAACGAGGUGCAAAGAGUGGGAAACCACUUAAAACUGAAGAUGCAUCUAGCUUGACUUCUGACCAUUCAAGUCCAGCAUUCUCACCGACUCAUUUGUCCUCACCGCUCCUAGACAAUGCCCUAUCUCUUGCUGCUGCACAAUCUCCCAGUCUAGGUGUGUGUGAAUCACCAUUGCUUCAGGAUGACUUUGACGCAAACAGUCCCUCAGCUCUAUUCACAUCUCCAUCGCCCAACUCACCCGGUCCGUAUCUUCUUGAUGCAAAUAGUGUGGUUGGUUCGUUUGGCCAGCCUGCCGGCCAGUUUGAUAUAGAUCCAUUGCCACAUGCUGCCAUGUACCUAAGUGGAAGUGAAGGCUCAAGUUAUGAUGACAGCUUCCUGUCACCAUCUGAUAUCAUGCCCGGGGACUCACUGAACGAACAGGGCAUGGUGGUUGGUAAUAUACCUACUUUGGCACUACCGACCGAUGAGAAUCUUGGCACUGCUAUCUCGUCCCUGUCCAUUCAACCACAGGCGGAUGCCGUGCCAUCCACCUAUCGUCCUCCGUUCCAACCUACCUUGACACCUGUUGCUGGGACACCGUUUGACACACCGCUAGCCAGCAUACAAGGCACCCCGCACCACACGCCUCCGCCACAUGCAAGACAUGCGCAUGCAUAUCUCAACAUGUCAGCAACAUCUACGUCAGCCCCAGGCUUUCUUGAUCCCUACUAUGAGCAGCAGCAGCAGCAGCAGCAGCAGCAACAGAGAGCACAGACUGGUAGCAAGCCAGCUCCAAAGUCUGAUCAGAAAAGUCCACUUUCCAGUCAGCGCAGCUCAGCAUCAUCCAUCCAUGAGUCACGUUCUGUGACAGGUCUCGGCAGUCGACAACGAUCAAUCAGUGAGCCCACACAUUUCGGCAACUAUUUUUCUGCACCUCCCGGUUUCCAUCCGGGUAGUGAUGAGCAGCUUCAUUCAAUGUGUACAAAUAUGCCUCCUCCUCUGCAACCCAUUGCACCACAACACCAACACCAGCACCAACACCAAUCCCAACAGCAGCAGCAGCAGCAGCAACAGCAACACGCACAGCAGCAGCAGGCGAUGCAACAGGCAAUGCAAGGUGCUGCCAUGGCCAGCAUGUUCCCAACCAAUAUCCUGGCUCAGCAGCAGCAACAGCAGCAACAGCAGACUUUGUAUGCACAGAUGUCAACUGCAAGCGCAGCGCUAAGCCUUGCCACGGGACAGCCACCUAGCUACACUGCAGCCCACCAUCAAAUCAUCAACGACAAUUCGUACUUGGCCAGCACGCAGGCAGCACUCCUUAUGGCUGCAGGUAGUCAAGCAGGUCAAAGCUUUCCUCCUGGCAUGCUGCAGCAACAGUCUGCUACAACUAGUGGUGGCGGCGGAGGUGAUGGCGGCAGCGAGACACUAAUGCCCUAUAUGACCAGUGUUGUCAUGCCCAACGAGAUGUCUUCGCUCUACCAAGAUGCGGCAACCGGUCAAGACCUACUGGCUAACAGUGGACUGACAGAAGCCGACAUGGACAGGUUCAUGAACAUGGCAGCACUGGCCAACACGAAACUUGACAUGGACUUAUCAAACCAGACUGCAGCCAUAGCAGCCGCAGCUGCAGGUAUGCCCAGCAUGGACACAUCGCCAUUGGCCCGGCAGCAGAGUGAUUCAUCACUGCCACAGCUCGAGUUCAACUUUGAACAUUUUUCUCCACCGAAGGAGCCUCCUGCGAUGAGCACAGUAGGGAACGGUGCUCAAGCUAUGCCUGGACAGCACCAGCCAAUGAACCAACGAUCAUGGCUAGCAAAGCGAAACAAGUAGCAGCCGGACAUACUCUCUAUUCUCCACACUCCCACGUACUCUCCAUUCUCCACACUCCCACUCACAAGCCCUUCAUCAGGGUGUGGCAUGGUGUAACCAAGGGUGCAUACAUGCUCUUGGUGUAAUUUAUUCCUUUUCUCAGAUAAAAAUCCGUCAGUUCAAUGCGGUUAUGGGAUCUGCGUUUUUGCUCUUCGAGGUACCUGAUUUGACACACAUUUUCCAAGUCAUAUUUUUGAAAUGUUCUAUCAAUGUUUUGUUUCACAACUUUUCUCUAUUUUUUACCAUCAUCUCCUGGUUUGUGAUGGCUUGAAGUAAUGGCAUGGAAAGGACACAGUUCUGAUGAUCUUCACUUCCCGAUGUGUGUUCCUUCCUCCAUUUAGAGGGUGUUCCGAUUAUUCAGCGUGGCAGCCUUGAUUCACAGCACCUCACUUGUUUACCCCCGCAUCCAUUUGCUAUCAAUGCUGCCUGCUCUGCUGUAUGUGGACUGGAGCUAUGUUUGCCACAACGUCGUCAAUGAUCAAAACAUUCUUGUCUCCCACACCCACUACCAGACAGUGGUACUAUUUCCUAUAACGGUUUCACUUUUGAGCUAGAUUUGGAUUUUGCUGAUUUGGAUUAUGCUGCGAUGGCACUCAUCAGAAUUAAUAACACCACUCUACUGCUGUACCAGUACUACUAG